UCAUUUGAAGGCUAGCAUGGCGCGGAAGUCCUGAUCCAGAUAGACCUGAGCUUGAGAACACUCACUUGUUCGAACUCGAAUGACUAUGCAGCGUGCAAGAAGCGUGGAGCCGGUGCCAUGAACUUUGCGGCUUAGAAAAGACAGAAAGAGCAAGGAAAGUCUAAACUCCCCUCAGUGAAGAAAGGGAUACUACAAUUGAAGAGGACAGUCUGCUACCCAAAUAUUCAUUUAUCUCGCCCGCAGUGAGGAAUGAAAAGGUUUAUGCAUUACGGAUACACAGAAACCACGGAAUGCGAUAAAGGUCAGGAUCGUUCCGAAGAUUUCUCGUUGCUUGUAUACAGACCGUCCUUCCCUCCCAUCUAUCUCGUCUUCAUAUUCGAGGUGUACCGACCGAGCAGUAUCUACAUGCCGCUUUUCAAUCGAGAACAUGGUGAAGGGGUGGUGGAAGUAUUGCCGCCAUCGUAUUGCGCACGGCAUCCUAGAGGACACUAUUGUUCCUUUCGUCUUCUCAAGAAUCAGCUAUCUCAUGAUUGGACUCACUCCUCCGGUGACACGAUUCUUGUACUACUUUAUUAUGCUACUCGUGCACUACGCUUCGUUGACGUUUCCGGGGCUGUCGGUUUCUAUAUCGAAGGAUUUCGCAAUGUCAACGCUCAUCACAAACUUGGUCUUUGCAGUACACACCUAUGUAUGCGGUUUUCUUCUUAAAGCCAAUUCUAUUCCGGUAUAUCUGCGCUGGACAAAGUGGACUUCGCAUCUGGUAAGCGAUUGUGGGUGCUCACUAUGCUUUUCGACUGACUUG